AUGCACCUCAAUGGUUCGUCCAAUUUCAUGUUUUACACUCAUCCAAUCCAAGCACACACACUCAACAGCAACACUGUGAACUCUGAUAUCGACCUUGGUUGUUGUUACUAAAACUACGGAAAAAUGGCUGAAACAGGCGAAGUUACUACUGUGACCCCUAAAGAAGGAAACAUUGCAACUGAUGAAGCUGGCAGCCCAGCUGAACCAGGCCAAGUUAAUGGUGAAGUAGAACAGGUCCAAAAAGAUGCUAAAAGGGACAAGACUCCUUCACCAAGUCCUUUAGAUAAUUCAUCUGAUGAUAGUAAAACAGCCCAAGUUCAAGAAGUACAAGUGGUGCAGCAAGAAACAAAUGCAAAGAAGAAAAAGAAGAAAGGACGGGAUGCAGAGCACAUGAGCAGAGCGAUCAUACAGGCACUGGAUGGACUUGACACCCCAGAAGAGAAAGUGACAGCACUCAGCAAGAAGUAUGCAGAUGUGUUACGAGAACAUCGUGAGUUGCAAGGUAAGCUGAAACUGCAGCAGCGGCAAAUGUCUCAGCUACAAAAGGAAAGAGAUCAUCUUCAGAGUGAACACGGCAAGGCACUGUUGGCCAAGAGUAAACUGGAGAGUCUUUGCAGAGAAUUGCAGAGGCACAAUAAAACAGUGAAGGAGGAGAGUUUGCAGCGUGCAAGAGAAGAGGAAGAAAAGAGGAAGGAAGUCUCUGCUAAGUUUCAGCAAACUAUCAAUGAAAUCACAUCACAAAUGCAAGAAAACCAUGCCAGGAACAUGAAACUUAAAGAAGAGAACCUAGAACUGGCCACCAAACUCAAGAAUUUAGUUGAGCAAUAUGAACGAAGAGAAGAGCAUAUUGAUAAGAUGCUGAAACAUAAGGAAUUGGAGGCUCAGUUAUUUGAUGCUAAACUCCAGCAAGCUAAUUUGACACUGGCAGAAGAAAAAGAAAAACACAUUCGAGAGAAAGCUAUUCUUCUUAAUGAAACUGCUGAUGUGCAUCUAAAAUGUGAGGCAUUAACAAAGCAAGAAGCCCAACUGAAGUCCCAGCUUGGUGUUUAUACUGAGAAGUUUGAGGAAUUUCAAACAACGUUGACUAAAAGUAAUGAGGUUUUUCAAACUUUCAAGCAGGAAAUGGACAAAAUGACUAAGAAAAUCAAGAAAUUAGAAAAAGAAACAAACAUGUGGAAGGUGCGAUGGGAAGGAAGUAAUAAAACACUUAAGCAAAUGACAGAAGAGAGAGCAUUAAUGAUUAAAACAGUAACUGCUCAAAAAGCAAGGAUAGAAAAACUUGAGAAGCUGUGCCGAGCAUUACAGGCUGAAAGAAACGCUAUGGUGGAUCAAUCCAAGCUGGAUGAAGAUCAGACACCUGAAGAAAUGUCAUCUGUAAAGGAUGAGUUGGGUUCAGAAAUGCAAGAUGUAACAACAGCGGAGACACAAGAUGAAACAACGGUGGACACACCUGCAGAAACUUUAGUUGAAAAACCGCUUGAAGAUAAUGGAACACCAUCUGAAACUGCAGUUUCAAGUGAGCUAAGUAGCGAAUGCAGUCAGUCUGAUGACACUAAGCCCGAAGAUACUAAGCCUGAAGACACUAAACCAGAAGACACUAAUCCCGAAGACACUAAACAAGAAGACACUAAACCAGAAGACACUGAGCCUAUAGACACUGAGCCUGUAGACACUAAACCUGAAGGCACUAAAUCUGAAGACACUAAACCAUGUUAGCUAGGUAUUAAUAAUUUGACAUCUAAGAUAAAUAGAUGAUAUCAAUUAUCAGUCAUGUAAUUUAAUAAUUAAAGACAAGCUGAAUUAUGAAAAACAUACAUCAUCAAAUUAUACACAUAAUCAGUAGAUGCCAAGGAAUGUCUGCAAUAAUAUCUUAGUAUUAGUAUUAAUCACAGGCACUGGAGAGUCGAUUCUCAAUCGAUGGUCUGAGGAACAAUCUAAAUGUUUAUAGAUCCCUGCACAUGUUGACAGAGACAUUGCUCGUUCACAAACAAUGUAUCAGAUAUUAAACAAAUUUACUCUUCUGAGACAUUGUUCUUGAACAGUGUUUAGUUUUUCUCAUUUAUGCACUAGGCCUGUGUAAAUAGAAGAGCGUGCUGGACUUUACAUUAUGUAACUGGAGGCAUUACCUCAUGCCAUCAAUUUGGUCAAAACAUUAAAGAAAUAGAUUUUUCCAGGGUGUCCAUCAAAUUUACCAACUGGGCAAUCGGAACAUUCAUUUAGUGUCAGAAAUACGUACAAGGAAUCAUACAAAGACAUAAAUUUAGGUACGUUCACACUGUUGCUUAGCAACAACAUCUAAAGCCCUGUUCACACUAUCAACUGUUAUUUGACAAAAACAUGCGACAUGCCUAAAUAUGGUCAUGAUGACAUCACAUGACCAUAUAUAGGCACAUCAGGACUAUAUAUGGGCAUACAUCAACAAAGAAAAUUUGAUAAUCUGGACAGAGCUUUAGGCUGGUACUUAGCAGGAAAGUUCAUUGUGAAAGAAUUUAAUUUAAAUUUGCAUUGUUUCUCUUGUCGUUUUACAUAGGCCUAGUCAACUUUGUCCUUUGAAGACCCUUUGUAACAUUAGUCAAUGACCUGAUUUUGAUGUAGUUUUUGUUUUUUUGUUACUUCAGCUGGUCUUUAAGUAAUCUUACUGGUUCCUCAUGUGUCCUUCAUUGUUGUUCCCCCGGUUCUGCAAUGAUUUACAUUGUUGCAGUUACCGACAGAAUUUUCUCUUGUUAGUGGGCACCAAUUAAGUACUAUGAUCUAAAUACAGGAACAAGUAUACUAAGAGUUUUUGAUCACGUUUGCUGAAAUAGGUUUAGAAUUUGUGAUGUUUAUUUACUAAUACUGUGUGAACGUGUCCACCUCAUUCUCAUGAAAUAAUUAAUAAGUAUUGAAGUGUGCAUGAGUGAAGGAAAAAGUGCUGAUUCCGUAGCAGAAAUAACAACGAAAUAGCAUGAAUUUUUGUUUAUAUAUUCUUAAAUAGAAUUCACAUUAUUUUCUUUUAUUUUUUUGUAUGCGAGCAUAAAAUAUUUACUUGUUUUUCCCAACAAAUACAAAUUUAUGUUGAAAAAAUCAACCACAAAAUUUGGUGUUUAGGUUUCAAAUAUUUAAUAUUACAUGUAUUUGAAUAAAAAAAGGGAGGGAGAACAUAUAGAUUGAAAAAUAAAAACAUAUUUUAAAGUACUGAGCAAUGAGCUGUUAAUAAUAAUCCUCCACAAAACCUUGAAAAUAACAUACAGUUAAUUGUGUUAACAGAACAGAAUUGAACAGAAUUCAAAAUCUCCAUCAAGUUUUGUUUAUCAAAAAGAAUAGAACCAACUUUAAAAUAUUUGAUUUAAAAUGAUAGAAAGUAUAUUGCUAUAUAGAUAGUUGAUAUAUUUUCAAGAUAAUUUUGUAAUUAGGUGGACUAUGCAGUCAUUCAAUGAAAUUCUUUUCAGAAAUAAAAGUGAUUUGAUAUUAACUAUCAA